AUGAACCGCCAUCAAGUGCUAACGGGUGCGGUCAAUGCAGGCGAUAGCUGUUUUGCCAUCGGACAUGUAGAUGGUAUACCAUUCACGGUUUAUGCAGCAGGGUGUGAUAUUGUAAUAUUGGCAAGUGACUUUCAAAGAGUGCAGAUCAUUCCUGGCGCUACACAUGGAAACAUACAAGUCGGAUGUAUUGAUUGCUCUGCAGAGAAUGGAAAGAUUGCCGCUUCCUAUGCAAAUCAAGUGUACAUUUUUGAACCAACCGCAGUACAAGAACAGAGCACACAUAAACUAGAUUAUCAGUGGCACCAGACGGGAUGUUUUAAAAUAGAAUCUUUAGUGUAUAAUUUAUCUUGGAACCAAGAUGGAACCAGACUCUUAACAGGAAGUGAUUCAAUUCAGCUUUGGGCAUGUACUUCAUUAGAUAGCCAGACAGUGGAUGAUCUCGUAUCUGACCAUGAUAGUGGCAAUGUACAGGAACAUUGCUGGGAAUGUAUUUGUCAAUGCAAGACUGCUAGCCCGAUAUAUCAUCUAAAAUUUUCCGCUGAUGGGCAGUAUUUUGCAUCAGCCGGCAAAGCUGAUAGAUUAGUAAAGAUAUGGUACUGCAUCAAACCACCCAAACUAGAUCAAUCCAGUGCAGAUGCAACACCGAGUGCUGUCAAGUAUAACUUUGUAUAUAUUGCACAUCCAAGAGCUGUAACUGGGUUCUCAUGGAGGCUAACCAGCAAAUAUGCACCACUGGGCUCUGUGGGUAACAUUUUAAUGACAUCAUGUCGGGAUAACAUUUGUCGUAUAUGGAGUGAGAGUCGGUUACCGUCCAGCAGUCUUGUCAACGUUACACCACAACCAACUCAUGUCAUCAGUGAGAAGAUUGCCAAAAGUUCACAUAUGAGAAAUAAGUUGAAGCUGAAAGGCAAAGCAACAAAAAGGAAAGCAACUCAACCGGAUGUUCCGUUACCAAGUCAUCAAAGAGAACAUGAUUUCCAUAAACACACAUAUGAAGAACACCAUAGCAACGGAUUGUUUCCUGUACAUUUUCAUAUUACAGCAGUUAUUAACCCAAAUACAGACAUUCCUUUACUGCCAGCUAUCAGUUCCAUGUCUGGAAGCGGUGAGGGCUCAUUUGUGGUGCACUGGUUGAACAACAAGGAAUUCCAAUUCACACUGUCAGCUGAGACAAUUAUUCAAGAUAUCAGAAAGAAGGCAGAGGCAUCUGAUACAUCGGAAAGCAAAGAAGAUGUUACUGACUCGUUCUCAGAUGUUGAUGAUCAAGACAGUAGUAAAGACCUGAUAGAAUUUGAUGUCAAACUACCAGCUGAGGACUCAUCCGUUGGAAUGCAGUCAAGUUCAAGUACGUCUGGUAUUCAAGAGGACGCACCACUCAGUGACUUUUCAACACAAACAUCUUCUAAACCACUGGAUCAUAUGAUUAUAACCGAUGCACUCUCUCAAAAACUCGGUGAACUAUUGAGAGAAUGGAAUGAGUGUGCAGACAUGGUGUUCAGUAUACACCCUGUAGAUGGAUCUUUCCUGGUUUGGCUGGUGGAAUAUCUCGAUGAGUAUCUGCCGUCUUGUUUUCGGCAAGCCCAGAUCAGUUUCUCCUGCAGGAUUCCCAUGGCAUUUCCUACCGGUGAUGCCACCACAAUGUGCGAUAGUCUCAUAUUGUACCGCAAUGGCAUCAUACAAGAGUCAAAGAUGGCGCAGAAGCUGAGUGAAAGCGGUAAAGGCUCAAUUGCCGACAUGGAAAAACUUUCUCCGAGCUAUAGUUUUAUGCACAGCCUAGCAAAACUCAAACAGGGUGGUGUUGGGAAUAAUCUUAUCCCACAGAGAGUAUCUAUGUUAUCAAAGCACACCAAUGGAACAUUGAACCAAUGGGAGAUUGGUUUUGCAGAGAAUUCAAAAUUUUCUACAGUGUUGAGUAUUUCUCAUUCCUCACGAUGUUGUGGACAUAAAUUUCGAGUGAAUGACUUGGCAUGCCAUCCUGUGCUGCCUUUAUUACUGACAACAUCUCAUCACAACAUCCCAAAAGUUGACAUCGACCCAGUAAUGUGCCGAAGUAGAAGUGCAUCAUUUGCGAGUACAAGCUCACUUGGAAAAAGUAUGUCUGAUCAAGAGAAAACAAUAAAAACUCCGACCGGACUAUGUAGCGAAUUAAUCUUAUGGCGUGUUGAUCCUGUUGGACCGCUUUCAAAAUCCGGUGGUUUGAAGGAACUUGCGCGAAUUAAUUCUCCAUUAAUCUCGGCAUUUUCAAAUAUAGCAUGGCUGCCAACAUUACUUCCGAGUUCUUCCUUAGGACCAGUGUCCAAUUCACCCAGUGCCUGUUUUGUUGCAUCCGAUGGUAUCUGUCUGCGACUUUACCAAGCUGUUAUUGAUGCAAGGUCAAUUUUAAUUGAGGUUGCCAAUAACUAUGAACAGCCAGAGGCGUACAUGAGUAGUUGUUCAUCUCUAAAUUCUCUUGUGAAUGCUGGGAAAGCUGAUGGAGUCCUCAAUGGUUUCAAAAUAGUCAGUUUACAAUCUACAGCAAGACCUGGAUGUAUUAUUGAAUUAGAUCCACUAACCGAUGCCAAACAGAAUUGGCAGAACGUACAGUUUAUGCAUGUAUUCCAACAACAGUUUAUAACUGGCACUUCAGCUUCCAACCCUGCACCCACCCACUAUGAAGAGAUGCCUGGCGAGCCAAACAAAACAAUGUCCUUCCACUUUGAGGAGACGUUUUAUCUUGUUGUGGUUGAGAAAACCAGAGGGGGCCAUUCAACCAUACACAUGUGGUCUAUAGAGUUAGCAGCACAGCCAAUCACCCCAAGAGCUAGUACAAAAGAUGGCGAACAGUUCCAGUACGAGGACAGCUCCCCAGACGUUCACCCUGUCUCAUCUUCAGAUGAAUCGUCUAGAAGUGAAAGCCCAUUGCAAUUCCAGGCACUUCCUCAUCACGUGCAAACAACAAAAUUGUGUAUCACAUCAAGUAAAGUCUGCUCUCACAGAUUGAAUCUCCCAGAGGGAGUGGAUAUAGUAAGUGCAACACCAGCAGCAGGCCACUUAAGUUCAUCUUCAAUUUACCCAGCAUGCACGGCACCUUACCUAAUCAGUGCUGCAUGCUCAGAUGGCAAAGUGCGGUUCUGGCAUUGUAAAAUGUCUGAUAGCGGUACGAAAGCUGAUAACCCAGCGUUCUUUUUAACCACUGCAAGUGACACCAACAUAAAAGGUCAAAUAGAUGACGUCUUCAACACUUUGAACUAUCAGUGGGAGGAGUGGGAGUUAAUCACCCAGAAAGCUUCUUCAAGUGCUGUGGAAGUGGACGGUAAACCUCUUACUGUGAGCUGCGCUUAUAACAGUCGGUUUGCGUGUGCUUACAAAGUCGAUGAGAUGAUUCAUUCUGACCGGGAGAAUAAACUAAAUAUAUCAGUUUCUGUUUUUGAGUGCGAGUCUACUGGUGGGUCCAAAUGGCUGCUUGAGGAUUCCAUCCAUAUUGGAAAGGUCACUAUUCCAGAUUUUCCUGUCACUCUUGAAAUUGGAGGACUUGAAACUCAAAUCCUAAAUUACAAAAGGAUGAAACGAAGUUCAAAGAUUGAAAAUUUCUCGCAGUUUGGUGAACAUCAAGAUGAGAAUCAUGUGCGGGAUAACAGUGAUUGCAGAGACAGUAAAAACUCCAUGCGGCAAAUGAUAAUGCAGAAAAGGAUGGUCCAGCUUGACUGGGUUUCCAAAGAAGAUGGUUCUCAUAUUUUAACUGUUGGUGUUGGGAAUAAAAUCGUGAUGUACGCUCCUGUCUCUGGUGAAAUGGCAAAUCUGUCACAGUUGGCAUCAUCAAGUAAUAAACAGAAACAGUCUUCAUUUCGCAAUCCUCUAAUAAGUCAGAAAAGUCUCCAUGUUGCUCCAACACUACCACAUGAAGAAGAGGGGUUUAAACCAAAGUGGGUACCGCUCAGAACAGUGGAGCUGUGUUCAGCAGAUAGCCUUCCUCCACUACCAAUGAUGUUAUCAUGGGUGAGAGAUGGUAUCUUAGUUGUCGGAAUGGAAAGUGAGAUGCAUGUUUAUUCACAGUGGAAGAGUGAUGAUCAUUCACAGGUUAAUGUAGCAGAAGAGAAAUCUCCAAAAGACUUAAUAGCAGUUUCCAGCACACAGUCAAUCCCUCUUACAAUCACAGAGAGAAAGGCACACUCUAGUAGCAGCAGAUCUGAUUCGGAAUCACAAAAUGUACAGAAAACUGGUUCCAAGAGUGAUGACUCCAAGAGCAACUUGAUUCAGCAGUGUGGUCUUUUUGAAGCAGCACAGCUUGUGUCGCCGGUACUUCCACAAUAUCAUCCUAACCAGCUUAUGGAAUUGAUGAAAUGUGGUAAAAUCAACCGAGUUAAAGCAAUCCUUGCUCAUCUUGUCAGGUGUGUUGCUGGAGAAGAUGCAGCGACAAAGGCUGUUGUAAUUGGACACAGUGAACCACGUCCAAAACUACAUGGUAGAGGCCACAAUCAAGCCCGUCACAGCAUCAGUGCUAGUCCUGCUGAUGUAUCAGUACUAACAGAGGAAGAACAUCUUGACUACAUUGAAAUCACAUCUAUUCCUCCACUGCCAUUGUAUGCUUUAAUGGAAGCAGAUCAUGCUGAGACAGGUUCCAGUUCAGAAAAACCUGACAUCAAUCAUGGUAGCUAUGUCAAUGAUUUGGCACACCCCGAUGCUGAAAGUGACCAUGAAUAUUACGCUGAGUUGUUUACUACUCCCAAUGUACAUGAUGAUGAGUUGAUUUUAGGUAGCCCGCCGAGAAGACCUGAGGCAUCACCUGAAGUGACCAUGAGACUUCGUAACCCAGCGUAUUUUGGAUUAGCACAAGUGAGGUUACUGACCAAUCAUCUGACACAUGUUCAUCUUCCAGGUUUAACCAGUAUUGAACAGAUGUAUCUGUUGGCGUUGGCCGACACUCUUGCAACCACUCAUAUGGAUUUGGCUGGUAGUAAAACAUCAACAACCACAGAUGGUACUGUGCUUGGUAAGGAAGGAGCUGGCUAUGCUAGUUCUGGUAGAUUGAGCACUAAUAAUGAAAAUGCAGCUGAUGCACUAGAUGAAUGUGGUCUGAGAUUUCUUUUGGCGAUGCGACACCACAAUGGUUUAUUGCGAGCACUUCCACCCCGGCUGCGGUUCCAGCUACAGCAGCAAGGCUUAUCGACUGCCUCGUUUGCUUGGGCAUUCCAUUCAGAGGUACAGCAGGAGAUUCUAGCCAUGAUACCAGCAAUGCAACGAGGUGAUCCUCAAUGGGCAGAACUGCGAGCUGUCGGAGUCGGCUGGUGGAUACGGAGUAAUAUAACCCUAAAGACAUGCAUUGAAAAGAUUGCUAAAUCUCAAUUCCAGAUGAAUAACAAUCCUCUUGAUGCAGCUCUAUUCUAUCUUGCCAUGAAAAAGAAGUCCCUCCUGAGUAGUCUGUUUAGAACGGUUGGAGAUGCAAGGAUGACUUCAUUCUUCAGGAAUAAUUUUGGAGAAGAUCGUUGGCGAAGAGCAGCAUUGAAAAAUGCAUUUGCACUUCUUGGCAAACAGCGAUUUGAGCAUGCUGCAGCUUUCUUUCUGCUGGCAGGUGCUCUGAAAGACGCAAUAGAAGUGUGUAUAGAUAAGCUUGAGGACAUUCAGCUAGCUAUGGUCAUCGCACGUCUCUACGAAGAAGAUUUAGAAAUUCCAGUCACCCAGAAAAUGAUUCUGCAUGAAAACAUCCUUGGUUGUGAUGACAGCGGUACACAGUCAUUUAACAUGAAUGUCAGUUCUGAUCCGUUUGUUCGUAGCAUUUCAUACUGGUUACUCAAGGAUUACACCAAGUCACUGGAAACAUUGCUGGAACAACCUGAAAAAUCAUUACGUCAAGAUACUAGCAUUGAAAGCAUGUUAAGUGAUAAACAAAGUCUUAUGGACUCGUGUACUUCCAACCCUGAUGUCUUCAAUUUCUACAACUACCUACGCACACACCCUUUAUUGGUAAGGCGACAGUUUGCAGGACGCGAUGGACAUGGACCAAGUUCAGUGUUGAUAACCGGAUUCAGCAGUAUUCAAGCAGUUGACCAGAUUUACCAGGAUGAGAUCACACCGUUAGAGAGACAGUUGUUUUUUAGGACUGCUCAUGCACAUUUUGUCGCUGGAUGCCCACUCUCAGCAUUAGAAGUAUUGUCAAAACUUCCUAAAGUGAAGUCUAAGGAGGUGUCUUCAAAAACUACCAGUCAAGUGUCAUCAAGGUGUGAUCAUAUCGACAACAAAGAUAUGAUUGAUACAGGAACCAUCAUUGAUUCAGGAUUUGUGAAAGAUAACUCUGAUAGUUUUGAUUGGGGUCAGCCAAUUGUGCAAAAAGACAACAAAGAGUCUUUAUUUGACUGGAGUCAGCCAGUUGGAAUGCCGGUUGAAGAGAAGCUGGAAUUGACAUGGAGUGAUAAUGAUAAUGAUAAUGAUGAUAAUGAUGAUGAUGAUGAUGAUGAUGAUGAUGAUGAGACAGUUGGGAAAUCAGAUACAGAAUCUGCCGGACAUGAAGAAGAAAAGAGUAACUUAACUUCUCAAGAGAAAGAUGAACAACUAAGUUUAGGAAGUGAGUCUGUAUCAUUGGAAAUUGACAUUAUGGCUCAACAGUUGAAAUUUCAAGCAUGCUUGAAAAUACUCAUGGAGGAACUGAGGACGUUGGCUACAGGGUUUGAAGUUGAUGGUGGUCAGCUGCGAUAUCAGCUAUAUGCCUGGCUGGAGAGGGAAGUAGAGGCGUUACGGGUACUGUGCAAUUACGACAGUGGUGAAUACGAGGACGUCAAACUUGAACUUAUGGAUAUAGUGUCUGAUCAUGUGGAAUCCAUUACUCAGUUUGAAAUUCCAAUUAAUCAACAUGAUAGUAAACAAAGCAAAACAUUACAUGAAGUCAUCAUGGCUGAUCGCAUGGACUUGGAAGCUAAGAGAGAAAGGGCAGAAAGGAGAAAACACUGGUUGAAAAGAAAUCAGAAUCUUCUUAGGACGUUGUUAAGUUACACUAGUUUGCAUGGUUCAGCUGGAGGUGGGUUGGCAUCCGUCAAAAUGGAAUUGAUAUUACUUCUCCAAGAACUUCAACAGGAAAAGACGCAACAACAGCUUCUUUCGCCGCUGCCCUUCCCGACUACCCUGCCCCUGUUAUCAGCUAGUGUGGCGAGCGCUAAGACUGUGGUUGCUGACCCUAUUGUUCAUUUAUGCAAUGUCACUCAUGAUAUUCUCCACACCGUUGUGCAGUUUACUACACCACCUAGACCUGGAAAAAAUAUUAGCGUUGUACAAACUUUACGUACACUAAGUGCGUCUUUGUCGUCAUGUGUGUACCAGAGUCUGUGUGACAGUGAUAGCUGCGUUACAUUGUUAAAACAGACGACCACUAAGGGAAUGAAAGUAUAUAGUGCAGGUACUCACUCUAACAUCAUUUAUAGACCAGGUCAUCUUAUUGGAGCAAGGAAGAGACAUUUCUCAGAAGAAAAUCUUACUCCCACUACAGCCCCUUCAAAAUGGCCUGGAGUUUCAUCGCUUCAAUCGCUAUUAGCAACUGAGAGGGAUGAAGAUAUGCCUAAAUUGAACAUCUUUCUUUGUGAGGCCCUUGUUGCUGUUUACAUCAGCUUACUUGUACAUGCCAUGACAACCAAUACACCUGGUGAGCUUUACCGACUGAUAGCACACAACUUUGAUGCCAAAAUGUGGUCUGCUGUGUUUGGAGGAGGGACUAAGGUGAUGAUACCACUUGCCAUGACAACGCAUCCUGAAGGCUCUAAAGAAGGAGAUGAAAUGUUAGCAAAGCAAAGAAGGCAACUUCAUCUUCGUCUUCUUGGUAAAGCCACACCACAGCAAAGUCCAUAUGUGACCAGUCGUCUAGCAGCAUCGUCUACAAAUCAUACUGAGAGAGCAGCCUUUAAAGAGAAGUUUGUAUCCCCUGAAAUCAGUCUGAUUGAUUACUUUAUGGUUAAGCCAUAUGUAGCACCAAUGAAUGAUGGAACGAAUUAUGAAUCAGAUGAAAGUGUGAGUGAUGAAGAAACUCCUAUGGAUGAAGAUGAUGAUGUCUUUACCAUCACCACGACAACGUCCUCCUUAGAUGAACAUACUGAUUACAAUUCUUACAGUUGGUGUCUCAUGAGAUAUGCUAUAGCAAGAUUAGUUUUACAGAAACUGCAGUGUUUUCUACCUGUUGCUGGUAUUGAAUUGGCAGAAUUACCUGUGGCCUCACCAUUGAUUCACUCCUUCUUGAAAACACUUGAAAGAUGGCAGCAAUUGCUGAUGGGAAAAUUGGAGCUCUUCUCUAGUCCUCCCCCAGAUUACAUAUCCACUAAUAUCUCCUAUGAUCCAUUGUCAUUUACACCACAGACUGGUGCUCCUGCCAUUCUUAGAUAUAAAGCCAUGCUGGAGCCAUCAAAUACACCAUUCAGGUCCAACAGCAGAUCUGCACUUUCUGUAAAAAGAUUGUGGAAUUUCUUAGUUCGUCAAGACCAUGUACAGGAAAUCUUCAUUCAUUAUAUUUUCAACAAGAAGGGAAGGGAACACGAGGCGGAGAUAAUAGAUGAAAUUGACAGUGGACUCAAAGUCGCCAGAUCACGUAUAAUUCACAAAGAGGCUGAGAAGAUAUCCGCAUUCACCAUCAAUCAUGCCAAUCCAAGCUGUAUGGUUGUUUCCACAUCUAAGGAGAUUCUAGAAUUGGAUUUGUCAUUGAUUCUGAACCCUCAGCCGCUAGCUUGGAUCGAAGAACGGUAUGAUGACACACAAACUGACAGCUUAUCAACUUCUCGGAGUCAAACUGAUGAUGACUUUACAAUCGUACAUCACAUAGAAAAGAGUUCAUCGUCUUCAACUCCGACUUCUCAUAAUUCAUCGAAUAUAUUGCCUUCAAGUAGUUCAAGUUCUCUGACAGCUGAAUCACGGCAAACAGGAAGAGGCAGUACUAUGUUAUUAAAGAGGCAAGUUCAUGGGGUGAGAAGGAUGGCGUCACAUCCGUCACUCCCAUAUUAUUUGACCGGUUCUACGGAUGGCAGUGUUAGUUUGUGGGAAUGGGGUCACACACAGAAAUUACAUACUCAUCGCAUUGCUGGCAACUAUCCAAAAGUUACAAGAAUUUAUUGUAAUCCACAGGGUAAUAAGUUCGGAGUUGCUGAUGAAAGUGGUCAGUUGUGUCUUUGGCAGAUUUGUGGUUUGACUAAUACAGGUAGCAAACCAUUCCUGAGUUUACAGUGUCACAAUAAAGGUAUUAACGACUUCGCCUUUAUUGGCUCUUCUAGUCUUCUAGCAACAGCGGGACUCUCAUCAGACAAUAAAAACUUGUGCUUAUGGGACACACUACUACCACAUCGUAGUUCUCUGGUACAAGCUUUUACCUGCCAUGAAGGUGGUUGUCCAUGCCUCGUCUUUGCACCUAAUCAACAACUCAUUAUAUCCGGUGGUAAUCGAGGUGACAUCUCUAUCUUUGAUGUACGACAGCGCCAGCUACGACAUACAUUUCAAGCUCAUGAUUCGGGGGUGAAAUGUUUGGCUCUGGAUCCAACAGAAGAAUUCUUUGUGACUGGCUCAGCGGAAGGCGAUAUCAAGGUGUGGGGACUGUCUGUGCACAACUGUAUGUAUUCAUUCCCAGGAGAACAUGCACGUGGUACCUUGUUCCGUAGUGCGGGUGGAGGUGUAGUGCAGCUUGCACUCACACCCUCCCAUAAUCUUUUCUCUUGUGGGGCUGAUGGUACAAUGAAGUGGCGUGUCAUUCCACCUGGCAGAAGCACUGUCAAUACCUUUUAA